CCUGGAGCGUGUGUGUCUGGGCGCGGGGCGGCCGUCUCCAGAGGCGGCGGUCUUCCGGUGCCGUCCGCGUCCGGCGCAGGUGCAGAAGCCCGUCUGGCGGGGCUUCGGCCUCGGGCGUCAGGCGAUGGCGGCGGGGGCCCGGAUGGAGGAUUGUUCCUUGGAUCUCACCCAAAGUACUGAGGAUGACCCCCUUCUGGACCUUCAGCAUCUCCCACAUUACUUGUUACAUGCGCAUUUUAGACCCAGUUUCCACCCUCUUCCUACGGUCAUCAUAGCAAAUCUUCUCCUGUUAAUACAUGUUGUGUUUGUGAUUUUAGCAUUUUUAACAGGUGUGCUUUGUUCUUACCCUAAUCCAACUGAGGACAAGUGCCCGGGAAACUAUACCAACCCCCUGAAAGUUCAGACAGUCAUAAUCCUUGGAAAAGUUGUUCUGUGGAUUCUGCACGUCUUUCUUGAACGCUACAUCCAGUAUCACCACAGCAAAGUGAGAAACCACGGCUAUACCACAAUCUACCGAUCAACACGGCAUCUCAAAAGACUAGCGCUGAUGGCGCACUCCGCUGGCAACACGGCGCUGCUCCUCACACUGUGUGUGCAGCACUCCUUCCCGGAGCCCAGCAGACUGUAUCUGGACCUCAUUCUGGCCAUCCUGGCCUUGGAGCUGGUCUGUUCGCUGAUCUGUCAGCUCAUUUAUUCAGUGAAAAUACGAAAAUUUAAUAAAGCCAAACCACAGCCUGAUAUACUUGAAGAAGAAAAAAUCUAUACUUACCCCAGCAAUAUUAAGUCAGAGACUGGAUUCAGGACUGUUUCAAGCCUGGAAGAAAUUGUUGAAAAGCAAGGAGACAUAAUAGUAUACCUGAAGCGACACAAUGCCCUGCUAAGUAAGAGGUUGUUGGCUUUCACUUCUUCUGACCUGGGCUCUCAGUCACAGAGAAAGUGAAAGGCUCAAGGUCGAGGUAGCAAUUGCAGAGGAACCCAGAGUAAUUUAAGACUGAUUACCUGACAAGCUGCCAUAGGGAGUUGCAGCUUUUGCCAGGUAACGUUUUAGAAUUUGUAUUGGAAACCUGAAUUUGGUUUUUACUUGUGUGGCUAUUUAAUAUGCUUGUGGAUAAUUUGAAAGGAACUUUGUAGAGCCUUGAUAACUCAAGGACAAUAUCUGUUUUCCAUGUUUUGAAAUUAUUUGUUGGUUUAUCCAAAGAUCAACGGUAUGGUUUAAACAUAACCUUGCCAAAAACUUCUUCCAUGUGACAUUAAAACCCUUUAGCAAUUUGCCUAUUUAUAGAGGAAGUCUGACAUGAUAAUCUAUUUUAAACAAGGUUUGAUCAAAUAAGUUAUUCCCACUUUUAAACUGAUAAAAGAAGACAUUAUUUCUUGUGUUUAAUGCUUUUUCUUUUUUACUCCCGAAGAGCUUUAUCAUGGACUUUGUAUGCUUGUGUGGUAUUGGCCUGUGUAGCUUUUAUGAACAAUUUUCUCAUUGUAGGACCAAAGUCUUAGUAGGUGAUUUACCCUGCAAACCCAUACAGUUUUCUACUCCAGAAAUAAGGAAUGAAGAUGACUUGGACCAGUAUUACACUAACCAGUGAUGCUUGUUCCAUAGAAGCACCUUCCAUCGGCAAUAGCUGAAAUACUUAGAGAAGACUUCAGAACUUUCUCUAUUUCUGCCCUACUUUUAAGAAGUUGCUGUAUAUUUCAGUAUUGACUAUACCUUCAUUGGAUCAAUAAGUUCAGUUAUAGGAAAGGGAUCUUUGUAGCUUUAAGUUUGUCUGAAAAGAAAAAAAGGGACAGCUUUUUAAGCAUUGGAUUAUACUUAAAAAUUAUGAUGGAAAUAAAAUGUCAACUUGAAUACUGGUAUUAAACAUAAUCUAAUUCUCCAGUAAAAGCA